UUAUCAAUUUAUUUUGUACUACGGUGAGUUCGUUCCUGUGGUUCGUUCUUCAAAUCUAGAAAGUGACAAAUGUCUUGAUUUUGAUGGCGCAAGAUGUGUUUUGCAAAAUGGCUGAGGAACCGUGGUUAUUAAACGAAGAUGGAUAUUUAAAAGUAGAUACUGAUGUUAAAGAAAUAAUCUACCAUCCAUCCCUUAAUGUUAUACUAAUUUGCACUAACAGUGGAGUGGUUCGAGUAUUAGAUGUUAAUUCUGGUGUUAUUUUACAAUCCACUAAUCUUUCAGCAAGAAAUCCCAAUGAAGUAAAAUGUAAAUACAUUCCAAGUGAAGAUAGAGUUUUGUUUUGUGAUGGACAAGCUAUUGGUGUACGAUCUGACUACAAUGGUGUUUUAUUAUUAGACAGUAUUCUUCAAAAAACUCUAACAGAUGGAAAAGAAAUUGUAAAAGUUGAAUUACCACUUUCAGAGGCUAUAAUUCUUAAGCAAAGUUUAACAAAUGUAAAUGUUACAAAUGUAGAACAAGUUUUAAAUGAGCUAGACAAUGUUAUAACAAAUGCUCAAAAAUCUCAUAAAAAAGGAAUCAAAGCACAGAAAUGGAACACUGCAUGUCUUUCUUUACCUGUUGGUGAUUUAAGAUUAGCAACUUCUUCUGUAGUAACCGACUUUGUCACUAAAAAAAAUCAUACUCCAGAACUACAAGUAGCAUCAGCUGUUCAGGAGAGACUAUCUGAAUUGUUAGGGGAACAGACAAAUGCCUCUGAUAGAAAAAUGAUGGCUAGUGAAGUUAGAAGAAGAGAAACAUUUUCUCAAUGGCCACAUAUGGAUUAUAAAUGGGCAUUGCCAGAACAGAUGGCUCAAGCUGGAUUUUAUCAUCAACCUAAUGCAUCAGGAGAUGAUAGGGCAAUGUGUUUUACUUGCACUGUUUGUCUAGUGUGCUGGGAAAGAACAGAUGAACCAUGGAGUGAACAUGAUCGUCAUUCUCCGACAUGUCCUUUUGUUGUAGGGGAAUACACACAAAAUGUUCCUAUAUCUGUUACAAAUGCAACAGCACCAGCAAUUGAUGCCACAUUUAGAGGCACAACAAUUAAUAUUUUGGGUACUAGUAACAUUUCAAAACUUUUACCAACAUGCACUAAUGAUGGCCUCAUAUCAGUAUUUGAUGUCUCAGGAAAAAUUAAAAGGACACAUUCCUUCUUUGUAACAGAAUUUGAUUCUCAUAUUUUAGAACAAUUUACGCAAGAUUUUGGUGUAUCUGGCUUUUGGAAUGAUGAAAAAAAAACUUUAGUAGAAAAGAAAAUAACUGCUUUGUCCAUCGCAAGUGACAAAUCUAAUAAAGAAAAGGCGAUUUCGAAAUCUUUACGCCCUACUAUAAUUUGUGGAAUUACAAUUUCGCAAGUUUGCAGUAAAAAAAAUAAUGAAAAUGUAGAAUUAGACACGUUAAGAGAAAUGUCUCAACAGCAAGUUGAUGCAUUAGAAUUGUAUUCGAGCAGUGAGAAUAAUGCCGAAGUUACAAAUGACAAACAGCAGCUAUACCUUGUUGUUUAUGAUUUUAUGUAUAGCAAAGAAGAGGAUUCUGAUGAAAAAAAUCAGGACAACAAAAAGAUUGAUUUUGACUUUGAUUGUCAAUUUUUUGAUUAUGUGAAUGAAUCGCAGUUCUUUCCCAUUCCUACAUCUUCACAAGGAAAUUAUAAUUUUUCAACUAUCAUUCCGAAAGUAGGUCCUUCUGAUAUAGAGAAUAAUGAGGACUUUUCUUUGAUAAAAGAAAUAACAUCUUUUUAUAAAAACUUAAUACCCGGUGAAAGCGAUACAGUCUUUGUGCCACCACCAACUUCAAACACUCCAAAUAAUGUGAAAAAGGUACCGCACAGUGGCCCUAGACUUCUAACUGUGGACACAAACAAUACAGAGGCUGACUCUUCAUCUGCAAGUGAUAUUUUGGGAAACUUACCAAAUGGUCCAUUUCUCUCUGAGACUACUGAACCAAGUAUAUCGGAUCACAUAGUGGACUUAAAAAAUAACCAAUCUAAUAAGAAACUGAACUACUCAAGGGCUGUUCAGUGCAUUGGUUUACCUGAACAGUGUCGUAAUGUGAAACAUUUGGAGAUAUCUAACAUAGUGUCCACACAAGAUGAUGGACAUAUUUUAGUCACUGUCUGCAGUCAGUAUUGUAAUAAAAGUUUUCUCUUGAUCUAUCAAUUAGAUUUCUCAAGUAAAAUGGUUAAAAUUAUUGAAGAUUCUGUUAUCGUUAGAGAAAUGUUAAAUUUUGAGAAACCAUUGGCCGUGGGAUUAUUGCCCGUAUUGGAUAAGUUUAAAGUCCCAACUACUAAAACUAACAAUGGAGUUGAAGGAAACGCAGUUUUAGUGUGUAUAGAUGGUGCUGUAAGAAUUGUCAAUUUAUCCACGUUAAAGACAGUGUGUUUUGCUAAGAUUGAAUCUAAGAAGUUUGUAUCAGCUGCAUAUUGUAACAGUUUAGACAGAUUAUGUGCAUCAACCCGAGAAGGAUCGCUACAUUUCUUUGCCCUAAACGACAGCGACAAUGAGUCGGUCGAUGAACACGAAGAAGACGAUAUUUUUGGACUUGGAAUCGACAGUUCUUUUAAAGAAUUAAGUUCCCUAGAUAAGUGGGAUACAAUAAGUUGUUUCAAAGAACCACCCAGCAAUAUAUCAUUGGAAGACUUAAGGACUUUGCAAAAACUAUGUCAGUUUGCUCCAAUCAGAUCAAUAUAUAAUGUGGUUGUACCCUCUUGCUGGAGUGAAUUUCAACAAGCAAUAAGACAAAGACGGAACUCUUCCAUAGUUAACACUGAAGCUUUUACAAAAACAUGGCGACUGCAGACUGAUACAACAACCUGGGAAGAACACAUUUUCGAAAUAACCUUACCUUCAUCUAUGGUUCUAGGACACGUAGAUGUCCAUUUUACUCUCCAAAAUGCUUCAAACAAACCUUGCGUAGAAGUGUCACUUUUGCGACAAACGAAAAGCGGUAUAGGUCAUAGUAGAGAUGUUAAGUUUGCGGUGGAUGAUACUGUAACCAUUGACAUGCUGAGAAGAGUUGAGAAUCCUGUUGUUUCUGAGGAAUACCUGAGAGCACAUAAUGCUGAUAUUCUUGCCGGACCUGUGAACCUUGCUCAUCACUUGGAUUUGACUGAACAAAGUGGUACAGUUACUUUGACAAGUCCAAAAAUGUUCAAAGUAAAGGUAAGAAACCUAUUGUUACAUAUUAGAGCCGUAUACGACAAAGACGACAAAUCAAUGAAGAGACAAGACAGCCAAGGAAAUAUAAUCAUUGACAAAGUGGGUUUAUCUAACAGAAAAUCUGAAAGGUACUUAGGUUGUGACAGUAUUCAUGAAAUUAGCAUCGCAAUAUACAGUCCGACGGUCGCCAUCCAAAUCUCUUGCGAGAAAUCGUUGCGCAGUCUCAUGCUCGAAUCCAAUGUUUUUAUUCAGUCGUUGAUAAUGACUGCGGUCAAUAGUACCAACAGAGAAACGUUAAAGAUCGUAAUGGAGAUUUUAAAUUGGGUGGCAGCCAUUCGACUCACUCCUAAUAGGGGCAAUAAUGGAGAAUCACCCACGCAUCAGUUAGAAUUCAUGUUUAUCAAUGGAAUAGAGGAAAAUAUGACUGGACUAUUACGACAAUGUCUAUUGCAAGGAGAUAGAAGUAUCGCGCACAAAGCUAUGAGUUACAUCAUGACCUGUUGUCGCGGUUCCAAAAACAUCAAUAAAUCCCUGGCAGACCAUUUUCAUAAUAGCGUUUUGAAAUCGAUAUUAACAAUGAUGGACGACAUUACCGAAAUCAAAUCAGCGUCUGGCUUACACUGGAUAUUUGCCUUGUUACUGAAAGUGACCAGGAGAGACAACGAACAAUUCGUUUCCAAAAAAUGCGUGUCUCUGUUAAAAGAUGUAUCAGAGAGUUUAAUCAAAAGAUUGAAUCCCUAUCAUUUGUUGUUGAGAAGUCGGUAUGGUUUGUAUGGGAUGCCUACAGAACCAGAAUUGUUUGAUAUAGAGCCUCCUCAGUUUGCUAAGGGAUCUAGUUCGUCGCAUUAUACGUUUUCGUCAUCUAACGCGGCGGUAAAUAAUGAAGGAUCAACGGCAAAUACUUCUGCAACUGAGUAUACACCGCAAAUACAAAUUAAUAAAGAAGGAAUUAGUCCUAGAGAUGUGUUGUCAAACACUGAGACAAAACUCAAAUAUAAAAACAUUGCUUUUCCAAAACUGGUGAAAGGUCUCAUUGAGACUGAACCUCUGCAUUUUAACUGUAUUAACACGAGCGAAGGCACCAGAAUUGAAAUGGCCGAUUCCGUCAACAAUAACCUACAAACGGUCUUUCAAAAUAUCGUCCCCAUUUUCACCACUCUGAACCAUACCAACGGAACCACAGGAGAGAAGGACAGCAAUACGCAACAGUUUGGUCAGAAGUACAAAAAGUUUCAAGCACAAUUGAAAGACUUUUCUUUGGAUAAUCUGGAAUUUGCGAAAAUCUUUGACGACGACCUUAGUAAUAAAAUGGAAGUAUACAAGAACCUGUUGGCCUCAUAUACCGAAGUACAAUCAAACAAAUCCUCCGGAACGCAACCUAAUCAGGCCCCAUCUACAUCAGUAUCAACGCAGCAGGUUCCUACUAUGGGACCGAGUUCGUCACAGAACCACUCCUUACCCUGGCAACAGCUCUUGGUGCCGCCACCCAAGCAGGUCAUAGUUGUGGAGAGGAUGCAUUCCGGUGCGAGACGUCACGUGACGCUAGAUUUCGGCGAAUCGGUGUCGUUGACCGACAUUUUGAUACCGUCAUGUUCGGAUCUGGUGUCACUGAGCAUAGAUGUGUGGCUGUUUGGUGAGGAGAUCGACGCUGUGCGGUUGGUAACGGCGUCCGAUAUAGGAACGAAGAAUUUGCUGCUUAGCGAUUUGCAGCCGCCACCGCUUUGUAAAUACAUGAAGAUCACAUUGGUGGGAAGAUAUGGCAUGUCCACCACAAAAUGUAGGAUUCCCUUAGGUUUUUUCUAUGGUCACGUGGUAGUUGUUCCUGAAGAUGUGCCCAGCGAAGCUUACAUCAAAAACACCGAUUACGACAAACAGUUGGGCAUUUUGUCAAAGCUCUUGGAAGAUAUCAGUUGUAGAUACAGCUUGGCGUGUUCGAAGUUGAAGGACUGUCUCCAGCCGUUUUUAAUAGCCGAUAUGAAGAAUACGUUGCAUUUAUCAACGUAUAUUAAUAUCUUGAAGGAUAAAAAUAUGAGCAUUACGAAUGCGGAGCAUAGUAAAAUAUUUUCGGCUUACCAGGAAACCUUAACAUAUCAGCAUCAGUUAAACACGGUCAGAAACGUGAUGGCGCGUUUAGAAUCUAGCGUCCAUGGAUCAGAACGUCAGGAACCACCUUCCACAACUGUUUCGACGGAUAAAUUAAAUUCCAUCGCCGAAGGAUUACUGGAAGUCCUUUUAUCCAUAGAAAACACCGCCGAAAUCACCCAAGACUUAUGCGAAAGAUUCUUCGAAGGACUCUGCGUGUCCCAAUCGUCAAGAUUACAGCUUUUGGCGGCCGUUUUUCUAGAGAAAUCCUGCGGAACUACUACCUUUUGGGGCAACUUCCUUGCAGACACCAUGGUUAACCUCUUUUCCACUACGUGUACAGCUAUAUUUCCCCAGGAUCGCCUUUUUAUAUUACUGGCGUACCUCAGCCGCAAGAGUCCAGAAAGAAGUGCCGUCAUUGAUGCAGCUAUGCGCGUGGUUUACGAUACCCUAAAACCGUUAGAAACCAGUCGAUCUUUGCUUCUGGCUGUCAACGUGGACCUGCCUCUAUUGUCUUGGCUGCUGAUGUAUUUGUCACUUCAACUGUCGUUUGAAAAAAUUCAAAACGAUAGAUGGGAUUGGGUUCUGGGUGAGAUGGUUGGAAAGGUGAACGUGGAUAAUGCGAAAAGUAAUGCUAGGAAGAAGACUGUUAAACGGGUGGCAACCACGUUGGGAUCAUCCGGAACGUGCAUGUUAUCACCGAUUCUUUCUGGUUCGUGGCAAAAACCAAUGUGGAAAGAAAAACCUCAUAAGUUUAUGUUAAUAAAAGAACUAGUUGACACCCAGAAAGGUAGCGACGGUCAAAAAGAUUCGGGAAGUAUAGGAGAAAUUGUCGUUGUCCCUCAAAAAAUGCCACAAUUCAUUGACGCAACACACUGCUUAGUUGUAUCUAAAAUAUUAUUAAAAUUCAUAAUAACAAUGGACCAUUCUGGUAGUGCAGAUAUGAUGCUUUUGGCUUUUAAGAUUGUAGCGCGAUUAGUAACUUUAGCUAAAUUACAAUUGUGCCAGUUGUUGACUGAGGAUGAGUUAUUAGGUUUAGUCAAUUUUUCAUUAUCGUGUAAAGUUCCAUGGGCACCUUUUGCUCUUUCCUGUUUUCUUCAAGAUGCCUUAGAAUUAGUUUCUCAAAAUGAGCAGGACGUGAUUGAAAUGGACACUGACGCAUCUACAUCUACAACGUGGCCAUCUACUGAUAUAAAUCAGUCAGGUGAAAAUGAUAAUAGUGAAAAUCCUUGUGUUUUUAUUAAUCUCGACGAACCUGAACAGUCUAAAGCUAAAGCGAAAAUUACAACAAACAACUUAUGCUUUCCUUCGUCUUUGCCGUCAGUUUAUGAAAGUGAUUAUUCAGAUUUUGAAGAAUUGUUGGAGGACUUCGAAAAAGUGAGAUGCUCUACAUCUAAAACUUCUAAAAUUUCUUUAGCUUCUGUACCAGGAAUAUCGACAACUAUAGAUGCAAGAUUAGAAAACGGAGUGUUUCUGUCAACAGAAAUUUUAUUAAGAAAAUUAGUUGGAAGAAAUACCCAAAAGUUACUGCAGAAUAUGACGAACGAUAUCAAAUACGAAGAAGUAGAGAACAUGCUUACGUCUUGGCCGGUACAAGUACAAUCUUUUCAACCCGAGUGCAAUAUAAGUAAUCACAAGAUGUUGGCGUUCUGUUUCAAUUCAUUAUUUAAAGAUCUGCAAACUCAGGAUUCGCUCAGGAUUGAGAAUAUAUUACAUCUUUGGUUGACGUUGAACAGCGCUAGAAGAGACGAGAAAUUUGACUCUUCUGCGAUGCCCAUUGUCCAGAUUAAAGUGGAAUCCGUUCAUACUUUGAUCUCAGCUUUGGCGUGGACACCGGGUUUGUCGUUGACUACAUGGUGUCUUGGAUUGCAGGCACUAACGUUGGUGUGUAAUACAAAUAAUAAUGGAAAAAAAUGGUUUGGUUUGUCUGGUAUGGCAAACGCCAUCAUAAGCCAUCGAGAUUUUGUACAAAUGUUUCUUAGUUUAUUGUCGGGUAGUGGUUUGGCAUUCACAGAAAAAGCAGUUGCUGGUCCAACAUUGUGCAAAGCACUGCACGAUUUUCUUGUAAGACUUCAGGUUCGAUGUGAUAUAGUUAGUCCUUCCAGUAAAUUAGGUAACUUGUUCAAAACCCUAUUAUUAAAUGUCGUGUAUCAAUUGGCACGCCCCAGUGGGCCUAUAUCGUGUAGGAUGGGACCUUUAGAUGCGCAAUGUAAACUUUUACAAUCGAUUAUUUAUUUGGAUUUUGCUAAUAUUGAUAUCAGCAUAGGUAUGAGUACACUAGAGAGCACAGCUUCAUUAUUAAACAUGUAUUUUCUAAAUAUUGAUCAUAUCAAGUGUGUAACAGUAGGAGAAAAACAUUGCAUUAUGCAUGAUACUUUUGGAGAUAUUUUUGCCAGCGUUCUAGGUACUGACUCGAAUAAACAAGACAGACCAGUGUCUUAUGAAGAUCUGUUAAUAAAUUUGUUGAAAUUAUUGGCAAAACUUGUACAAACACCCAUGCCACCAGAGUAUCCUGAAGCGAUGGAUACUGAAUCAUCUGUAACUUCUCAGACUGAUGAAUGUAAGGCUGAACAAAUUCAGCAAGAAAACCUAACUUCUACAUCACUGCCUUGCUUUGCUGAUACAGUUUUGCAACAUCAUCCAACCGUAAUAUGCUUAUGCAGAUGCCUUGCUGCAUGCAAGUCAUCUUCUUUAUGUAUGCUACCAAAUUUAACACAUAAGGGUGGAUUUCCAAUUUUUAACGAACCUAAUACAGUAGGAGAUGCUGUGUUUCAUAUUUUAACAUUGCUGGCAAAAAAAGCUUCCAGAAAGGAACUGAUCAUGCAACCAUUAUUGAUGUUCUUAUCCACCACACCUCAGCUAAGUGAACCAUUAAUUUGGUUCAUAUUACAAGUGUUAGACAAUGAAGAAGCUAUAAGAGCCUUUUAUUCUUCUGGGGGAGUAUCCAUAUUAUCAACAAGUAUAGUUAAUAGUAGUAACACGCCAAGUACAAUAUCAAGAAACGGCACAAUUUCAACUGUGAUGCAACAUUUUACUGGAUUUACCUCACAACCUGACAAUAAUACUCCAAUAGUGCCAACAUCGGCUAACAAAAUGUUUCAGGCAUCUAUUGAAAAUAGUUCCUUAAUCAAUUUUGCACCAUAUUGUACCAUAACAUGUCAGUCAGGUACUUCCCAACCUGCAGAUGUUCUAAUACAGGGUCUGUCUGGAAUAACUCAUAGAAGAGCUCGUACACCACUUUGGUCUUACAAUUAUUAUCAAGAGGAGACUCAUACAGAAUUACUUCUUCAACUCCCUAGUGCUGUGUUAUUAAAGGAAGUUCAACUGCAACCUCACGCGGGCGGUUUAGCUACGUGUCCGUCAUAUGUGGCGAUAGAGACGUCGGCUAACGGACCGUCAAGAUUGGUACCAGCCUGUCAUCCUCUGCCAACAAGUGGCCUUACCUACAUUAGACUGCAUUUACCAACAGCCAAAGUUGUAAAUUGCAUUCUAAUUAGAUUGUAUAAACCUCGGGUCGGAAAUAGUAUAGGACUUUUGCAAAUCCGCAUCCUUGGAACUUAUGCUUUUGGAAAAACUUUCAACCCCAAUUCUUUUGACACUGAGGAUGAUAAUUACUCUAAUCAUAGUCUAGGUUGGCUUAGAUUGUUGCAUCAUUGUUUCACUAUAUCAAUCGAUUCAGAAAUGAGACGUCAGCUAGUAGAAUCCGCCUCGCAAACUCCUAGUUUAUUGAGUACAUGUUGUGGGUUACUUUUGGUGCCAUCUCAUAUACUACCAGUUUAUUUACCAUGUUUAGAGAAGGUUCUUAGAGAACUCGCAUUGUUUAGUCCAGAAAAUGGUAUAGCUACUAUUCAAAUACUUUUGGAUAAUCGACUAAGUAUAGUAGAACCGAUGAUAUCUCUCGACAACGUUUGGCAAGAUAGACUAAUGAUUAAUGUGUCUGGAUAUCAAUCGGCUUGUGAAUUACUGUAUCAAAUAUGUGAACAUCAGGAUGCUCAUACAGCCUACAGAGUAAAAAUGAUUUUAGAAUGGUUGCAUAAUACAGCAAAGGAGUAUUUAAAAACUGGCAACUCCAACAAUUGUAAUGCUGCCUAUAUAUCUAGCAUUGCAUCUAUUCUUUGGUUUAGUAAUCAGUCUCAAGUGAAUUAUGACCUAAAGUCUCUUAUAUCACUUGAAUUCUUUGAUACAAUCUAUGCCCUUAAAAUGCAAACUAUAAACAACAGUUUAAAGUAUGCUUUUGAUUCGCUUUUAUGUUCCCUUUGUUAUAUUCACUCGGAAUUUUUUCCUAUAUUGCUACAAAAAAUUGGCGUACUUGUACCAAAUUUGUCUACUGAUCGUGGCGCCUCCAUCAGCGACGACAGGAAGGAUACUGAGGGAAUGACAGACGAUCAUAAGCAAGAUUAUGCAAAUUCUGAAUGGUAUAGCCAUUUGGUUAUUGGUCAACUGUCUGAACUGAAUUUAACCAAAGAUCAGCUAGAAACGGUGGCGUUGGCUAGUAGAUCUCCAACCGCAAUCCAACAACUUCUCGAUUCUGGAUUACCAAAAUUAUUGAACAGCGCUAUAUACGAGUUUUGUAGCGAUCAGAAUAACAGCGUACCUAUGGCUAAAUUAGAAAAAGUGACGGUUAUUCUGCAAUUCUUUACAGAUAUUUGUGAUGAAAAAAUGUUGAGAGAUUGGUUGGGGUCUCCAGACGGUUCAUCUUUUUGGCCCCAUCUAUUGCAUUGGCUUUGCAAGAAACCAUUUUCUAGUUCGAGUAUCCAGUCAGAAGCCCACGUCAAUUUGGAGGAGGUGUGCGUUAAAUUCCUUUCGAAAUGUUGCUUAUGUCACAGUGCUAAUCAAGCACGACUGGCUAAAGUAUUAUGCGAUGUAAUAUCGCUUCAGCAAAAUGGAAUAUCCGGAUUUUUGCGGAGAUUAAUUUUGCAAUUGCUGCUUGAAAACGAAAAGGUACCAGUCAGUAUUGAAGCGGACGAGACUUUGUAUAAAACGUCAAAAAUGCCGCAAGUUUAUAUUCCCGCACACCCAGCUUUUAAGCAGACUUAUAACCGGACAAUGCUGUACCUAAGCACAACCACUACACUCGGUGAUAUUUUGGAACAACAUCUGUUCUUCAAUACCACCUAUAAGUCUGAUACAAAUUUGUCUAAGAAGUCAUCCACCACUAUUAAGAAGGAUAUGCUGAAAGAUUUCUUCGUUACUGACUUUUCUGAUUUAAGCGUAGCCGCCGGUGUUACCGCCAAAGAUAAACGUGCCAAAGAUCUGAAAAAUCAAGCGACGGCUACGCCUCAAUCUAAAAAGAAACGCUACACUUCCGAAGCGGUCAGUGGAAGUGAUGUCAUGGAAGGCAGGCUGGUUAAAUGCCUGGCGUUUUCGGACCAGCCGCUACCGUUGAACUUGAACCUGGGACAGUUACUCAGGCUUAUGGAAUCGAAGAAUAUAACCAACGAUUGGCCGUAUAUUCAUUUGACCAUAUGCCAAAGUAAGAACAACGAGGACAAGAAUCAAAACAAGGACGCGAUUAAGCUGAUCCAACAGCAACAGCCGAUUUGCAGUGCUUUACAGGUGUUCAGUUCGAUGGGGGGCUUGGCUUUACUGGCUCAGAAUCUACCGACGAUUUAUCCAGAAGCGGUCAGGAUACCUAACGUGGAAAAAUCAACGUUAGAUCAGUCUGAUUCUGACUGGAUCAAACUGGAAGAAUGUGAUGAUAUCUACGAGGAUAUAGAAGAAACAGUUGGUAGCAGUUCACCAUCUAAAUCUUCAGGAGUAAUAUCACACAUCCCACCCCAUUCUUUGACGGCAUUUAGUCUUUUUCUAAGAUUACCUGGCUAUGCAGAAGUUUUAUUAAAAGACACCAAGAAAGCUUUGUGUCUCUUAAGAUUAAUGCUAGGAGUUACAGAUGAUGGGGAAGGUGGAGACAUAUUCCAAUCGUCAGUGGCUGCUUCUUUGCCUACAUUGCCGUUUGAGGUACUACAGAAGCUUUACGACAGUUCGCCGUUUUGUUCCGAUGAUGGGCGCUUAUUGAGAAAGAUAAGUAUUACAACUGGCGUAAUACAAUUAUUGUUGGCCUGUUUGGGAAUCUUGACUCAUCAUUCAAAUACCAGUAACGAUAAAGAUGCCCAAAAAGAUUCAAAGUCCAAAGAAGAUCGUCAACAUUAUUGGGCUAAAGGUACUGGUUUUGGGACAGGGUCAACACAACAAAGUUGGAAUGUAGAACAGGCUCUUUUGAAACAGAAACAUGAAGAAGAGCAUAUUACAGUUAUAUUACAAGUAUUAGCAAGUUACAUAAAUCCGAACGACGAAGCUAGUGAUGAGCUUAGUGGAAAUGUUUUACCGCCUCAUUUCGCAGAGUUUUUGGCGAAAAGUUCAUUGUUACCCGCUAUAAGUUAUUAUUUAAGGAACGAUUCAGUAUUAGAUAUGGCUAGGCACAUACCUUUGCACAGGGCCGUAUUAAAAAUUCUUAGAGCUUUGGCUGCUAGUUCUCAACUUGUUGAAUUACUACUUCCACAGAAAUCAAAAGAGAACGAACCUUCAGUUUCUGCGUUACUGAAGAAUAUGAAGAGCUGUGUCGAUAUUUAUGCGAAUAAAUUGAGGGUUCAGAACUCGAAAUCGACUUCAAAUUCCGGCAAGUCGAAAUCGAGUUUCAUCGACAAGAUCGAAGAACUUGAGCAGGGUGAAGGUCUUGCCACAUUAAUGCCGGAUAUCCAGAACACGGCUAACCUUGUAGCGAAGGUUACGUUCGGUUUGAUAGACGAAAACAAUUCGGAUUGCGAGAAUUCGCUGGAGAAGAGAAUGAUGGUUUCCCCCGAGGAACAGUAUAUUAGAAUAAUGAAAAAUUUACAGUUUGCAUCUUACGAAAUGAUUGAAGAGCAAGAAGACGGCAGUAUUAAGUUUGUAAUAUCCCACCAUUUCGAAUCGAUGGCUAAAAGUACGACGGAACAAUCGCAUCCGACCCGAGUAAAGAGGAUAGCUCAAGAAACUGUGACGCUUUCGACCAGUUUACCUUUGAGCUAUAGCAGCUCAGUGUUUGUUAGAUACGAUACGUCACGUUUAGACGUCAUGAAGGUGCUUAUAACAGGACCGGCUGACACUCCAUACGCGAACGGUUGCUUCGAAUUAGAUGUAUUUUUCCCCGCCGACUAUCCAUUGUCACCUAUGUUAAUCAACUUAGAGACGACUGGUCAUCACACGGUUAGAUUUAAUCCAAAUUUAUAUAAUGAUGGAAAAGUAUGCUUAUCAGUAUUAAACACGUGGCAUGGUAGACCAGAAGAAAAAUGGAAUGCUCAAACCUCCAGUUUUCUUCAAGUUCUAGUAUCCAUUCAAAGUUUAAUUUUAGUACCGGAACCUUAUUUCAAUGAACCAGGUUAUGAAAGAGCCAGAGGGACACCUGCUGGAACUACUAACUCUAAAGAUUAUAAUUUAAAUAUCUGCCAAGCUACAGUAAGGUGGGCGAUGCUAGAUCAAAUUUUAAAUCCUUGCCCUUGUUUUAAAGAUGUGAUACAUGCACACUUCUACAUGAAGAGGCAUGAAAUUUUAGCGCAAGUAGAGAAAUGGGUGCAAGAUUUAGAAUUCGAGACAAAGCGGGAAAAGAAAAACACUAGAACAAUAAAGAAAAAUAGAAGUUCUUCACUUGAAAAUUUUAAAAAGAUUUAUAAGCAAUUACAAGAACAGUUGGCUAAAUUAAAACCACCUGGUUUGGGAUAUAGAGAGACAGUUAGUGAGCAACCUGUAGAUGACGACGAUGAUGAGGAGGGAAGUCCUACAACACCAACAAAUAGUAUGGAGGUUACAAUAGAUCAAGACCAAACUAAAGACAUUGAAACAGAUAAAGCAAUGGAAAAAAUGGUUAACGAUAUGUGCAAGUGAUAAAGUGUUAAAUAUUAAAUUUUUAUUUUUGCAUUUAUUAUGAUUCCUGGUGAAAAGGAAAACUAUACAAAUGUUGUAUGAACAGAAAGUAAAGCAAAAAUAAUUUUAUUAAAACGAUUUAUGCCUUACCUUCGUGAUGUUGAAAUUAUUUUGAGAUUUUAAGUUUUUGUACACACUGUUUUCAAUAACUUAGUUACCAGAUAAUCUUCCUGUGUCAUAAAAGGUUAACUUGCGAUUGAGAAUGAAUCUAGGACUUACUGUAACUUAUUUUCUUUUUAAAUUAUUCUAAACGAAAUGUGAUUUUAAAAUAAAAGUUUUUGUUUUAA